UCUGCGGCAGCGGCCAGUGGGCGGUGAGAAGAGAGCGGGCACCGGGGUUGGAUUGCCGAAUUGAAGAGAAAUCGGCGGCGUAAACAUAUUUUUUUGUGUGUGUAACAACCGGGUUCAAACUCAAAUCGCGCCGGGCCUGUUCAAGUAAAGUCACGGCACUGCCGGAGUGAAAGGUUUUGUCCUUGUUAGCUAACUGCUAUCGCGCUAACCCCCCGGCUAGCUAGCAAGCUAAUCGGCAACACAAAGGACGACUUUGCUCAGCGCGGUCUUGAAUGACGACGGAACCUCCAACGCAGGCAAGGCGAGCUGUCUGUAUGUGCCUCUUUUUCCCCCUAAUGUAAAAUGUCAUUGACUCCUGUAAUGUCAGGCGACUCUUAUGUUUGGUAACUUAGUCACAACUAAGCUAGCUAAGUCGGGGUGUAAACUUCCAAGGAGCCUUCCAUUCAUGCCGGUGCUGCCGUCCAUCGCUUCUUUAGUACUUCACGUCCAUCAUGGUGCUGACUGGGAAGCGUUCAGAGAAAGGUCCGGGGCGCUGGAAGAGGAGAGUCAAGUCUGAGUACAUGAGGCUGCGCCAGCUCAAGCGCUUCAGGCGGGCCGAUGAAGUCAAGAGCAUGUUCAACACCAACCGCCAGAAAAUCUUGGAGCGCACCGACCUCUUGAACCAGGAGUGGAAGACCCGCCGCAUCCAGCCGGUCCACAUCAUGACGUCUGUGAGCUCGCUCAGAGGCACGCGAGAGUGCACGGUGGACAGCGGCUUCUCCGAGUUCCCGCGUCAAGUCAUCCCCCUGAAGACCCUGAACGCCGUGGCCUCCAUCCCUGUCAUGUACUCGUGGUCGCCGCUGCAGCAGAACUUCAUGGUGGAAGAUGAGACGGUGCUCUAUAACAUUCCAUACAUGGGAGACGAGAUCCUGGACCAGGAUGGCACCUUCAUCGAGGAGCUCAUUAAGAACUACGAUGGCAAAGUCCACGGAGACAGAGAAUGCGGCUUCAUCAACGACGAGAUCUUCGUGGAGUUGGUGAGCUCGCUGGCGCAGUACAGCGACAACGAGGACGAGGAGGAAGAAGAGCCCGACUUCAAGAUGGAAAUGUGCGAUGGCAAGGAGCACCUGGAGGACGCACACCACAUCAAUGAGAGCCGUACAAACGAUUGCAGCAAGAGGUUUCCCUCUGACAAGAUCUUUGAAGCCAUCUCAGCCAUGUUCCCCGACAAAGGUUCUACUGAAGAGCUGAAAGAGAAGUACAAGGAGCUGACACAGCAGCAGCUUCCUGGCGCCUUGCCUCCAGAGUGCACGCCCAACAUCGACGGGCCCAACGCUCGCUCCGUGCAGCGCGAGCAGAGCCUGCACUCCUUCCACACGCUGUUCUGCAGGCGCUGCUUCAAAUACGACUGCUUCCUGCAUCGUGAGUGUGAGGCCACAUCACCGCCGCGCUUCCGUUACAAAUUGUCCGGUCUCACUCCGUGUUUAUCCGCAGCUUUCCACGCCACUCCCAACACGUACAAGCGUAAGAACCUGGAAAACCUGGUGGACAGCAAGCCUUGUGGCGAGGAUUGCUACAUGUACCUGCUGCAGGAGGGGAUGGCGAGUGAGUAUCCUGCGGGGGGAGCCGGCGAGCGUGCCAAGACUCCCUCCAAGCGUACGACAGGGCGGCGCCGUGGACGACUUCCUAACAGCAACAGCCGCCCCGGCACACCCACCAUUUCCUCGGAGGCGAAGGACACGGACAGCGAGCGAGAAGGCAGCAAAGAUGACGAGGAAGACAAGAAGGACGACAACAGCAGCAGCUCAGAAGGAAACUCGCGCUGUCAGACGCCCGUCAAGAUGAAGCUUACCGCCGACACGCUGGAGUGGAGCGGCGCCGAGGCCUCGCUGUUCCGCGUCCUCAUCGGCACGUAUUACGACAACUACUGCGCCAUCGCGCGCCUCAUCAGCACCAAGAGCUGCCGACAGGUGUACGAGUUCCGGGUCAAAGAGUCGAGCAUCAUCGCCCGCGCCCCGGCAGAAGACGAGGACACGCCCCCCAGGAAGAAGAAGAGGAAGCACCGGCUGUGGGCCACUCACUGCAGGAAGAUCCAGCUGAAGAAAGACGGCUCGUCCAAUCACGUCUACAACUACCAGCCAUGUGACCACCCGCGCCAACCCUGCGACUCGUCGUGCCCGUGCGUCACCGCUCAGAACUUUUGCGAGAAGUUCUGCCAGUGCAGCUCCGAGUGUCAGAACCGCUUCCCGGGCUGCCGCUGCAAAGCUCAGUGCAACACCAAGCAGUGUCCGUGCUACUUGGCAGUGAGGGAGUGCGACCCUGACCUCUGCCUCACGUGCGGCGCCGCCGAGCACUGGGACAGCAAGAACGUCUCCUGCAAGAACUGCUCCAUCCAGAGGGGCGCCAAAAAGCACCUGCUGCUCGCUCCGUCCGACGUGGCGGGCUGGGGCAUCUUCAUCAAGGAGCCGGUCCAGAAGAACGAGUUCAUCUCUGAAUACUGCGGCGAGAUCAUCUCUCAGGAUGAAGCGGACCGCAGAGGCAAAGUGUACGACAAGUACAUGUGCAGCUUCCUCUUCAACCUCAACAACGACUUCGUGGUGGACGCCACGCGUAAAGGCAACAAGAUCCGCUUCGCCAACCACUCGGUCAACCCCAACUGUUACGCCAAAGUGAUGAUGGUGAACGGCGACCACCGCAUUGGAAUCUUCGCCAAGAGAGCCAUUCAGACGGGGGAGGAGCUUUUCUUUGACUACAGGUACAGUCAAGCGGACGCUCUCAAGUACGUUGGCAUCGAGCGGGAGGCGGAGAUGGCCUGAUGUCUACUUCACCUGUGACGGAGCCUUACACACACACACACUUCAGGAGAACAAGACAUGUUAGCAACAUUUCAGGAACAAUCUUUUAAUCUUCUGGAGUGUCUCUUCAGCAAGUUUUGGUCUGAACCCAAAGAACAAGACUUUUCUUUUUUGCUGUGAGAUAAAUCAUCUCGAUUCAACUUCAGGGACCAAAUCCACCAGCAGCAGGCUUCUUUUUUUUAAACUGACAACUUGUUCACAGGCUGGCUUGUUUCUAGAAAAACAUCCAUAUUUUUAUGUUCUGAUGCUGUUUUGGAAACAAGAAACCAGCAGCAAACUUUUUUUUUACUUCUGGUGCUGAAGACUUUCUGAAACUCAGCCAAAAAUGUUGUUUAAUAUUCAUCUGCUGUCUUGUCGAAAGGCAAAAUGUUCACAACGAUAAAGAAUUUGAUUGACAAAGCUGGCUGUGCCUUCAAUCAAAUGUGUAUCACCUCCAUGACGUCACUGCCACCAAUGACUUGUUUGGCCACCAGGGGUGCUAAAGUCGCCAUUGUACUGGCGAGAUGAGGCUCUUAAACACCUUUGAAGCACGCUCACGUCGACUUUUGAUGUGACUUCCUGCUGUAACAUAAAAGCAUCUUUAGAGUCUGAUUGUUGCCAAUGUUGACGUUUAGCGCGUCACCUGCAGGUUUGAUCACAUUCCUGAGGAGUGAUGUCACAAGCAGCCACUUGUAUAAUAGAUCAUGUUUACAAAUAAAAGGUGCAGAUUUUGCUCAGUGAUUGGCUGACGAGGCGAGGAGAGCCAAUCAGCAGCAAGCACUCAGGCUCCACUUUGGACUUUUUUAAUUCUGCAAAAAAAAAAAAAGAAGAUACAUUUCCCACUCUCGUGGAAGGUGCUGACUUGUUAGUCACAGGGAUUUUCUUUGAAUAAAUUCUACAAAACGUC